GAGGGCGGGGGCACGCGCUGGAGUCUUCCGCCAGCCGCGGCCACGCGUCACGUGAGGCGGGCAAGAUGGCGACUCCCACGGACGGCACCGACCUGGAGGCCUCGCUGCUGAGCUUCGAGAAGCUGGACCGCGCUUCCCCGGAUUUGUGGCCCGAGCAGCUGCCCGGUGUUGCUGAGUUCGCCGCCUCCUUCAAAAGUCCUAUUACAAAUUCUCCUCCCAAGUGGAUGGCUGAAUUAGAAAAUGAUGAUAUUGAUAUGUUAAAGGAACUGGGGAGCCUCACCACAGCUAACCUGAUGGAAAAAGUUCGUGGCCUGCAGAACCUGGCUUAUCAGCUGGGCCUGGAUGAAUCUAGAGAAAUGACUCGAGGGAAAUUCCUGAACAUCCUAGAGAAACCCAAAAAGUAGCAGCCACAUCUGGAGCUUGGACAAAAAGAUCCCAUUUUACGUUCUGUGGAUCCAGUUGAACCCCAGAACUUCUAAGAAGUACAAAGCUCUUGCUGUAGACCUUCAGAAGCAAACAGCUCAUUUUGCUUCCACAGCUCAUCUCUUCUCCUGGGAGAGACGUAUUGCACGCACAGGUUACAAGGCCUGCACUUGGUUGCCUUGGAAUUCAGACUUCUUCUGACCAUAAGAUGUCUAACGGGAGGACUUGGCCCUGACAUGCUGUGAUGAAGUUACCUGGUUUAAGCACCUAUUCAAAGAGAAUAGCCACAGUGUCCUUACUCAGUUGUCUGCAGUGGCAGCACCUGUUUGCAGCACACAGCAGAUCUGAUACUGGCCAGUGCAGAUCAUGAAGCAUUGACCCUUCUGUGUGGGUUUUUUUGUUGGUGUUUUUUUUU